AUGAGCACCUGGAGAUGCCUUUGGGCACUAUAUACCCUGAACUUGUUCUUUUCAUUUAGCAGAGCAGCUCAGCAGCCAUUGCAAACUGUUAGGGAUGCCGCCCCCAAGCGGGUGGCCGUCAUCGGAGCUGGAGCUGGAGGCUCAUUUGCCGCAUAUGAAUUGCGCAAGCUCGCAGACGACUCAGCUAUCCCUGUGAACGUUACUGUAUUUGAGCGUUCCUCGUAUAUCGGUGGACGCUCGACAACCGUUGAUGCAUUCGACGAUCCCGCAUACCCGAUCGAGUUGGGUGCAUCGAUAUUUGUAGAGGUUAAUCAAAUCCUCAUGAAUGCAUCAAACAACCUUGGCCUCUUCGUCCUCGGCGCAGACCACGCCAGACCUAAACAGACCGACGACUCUAUAGGAAUCUGGGACGGCUCUCAGUUUUUGUUUACAGUUGGCAACUCUUCCAGCUGGUGGAAUAUUGCCAAGCUCUUUUGGCGAUACGGAAUGGCACCUUUGCGUACUAAGAAUCUUAUGAAGGAGGUUGUUGGUAGGUUCCUGAAGUUAUACGAGGAGCCACUGUUUCCGUUCAGAUCGUUGUCGGAAGCGGCGGAGGCUGUGAACUUGGUGAAUGUGACUGCUUCACCGGGCGAUGCGUUUUUGAAUGCAAAUUCUAUCUCGGAUUUAUUUGCACGAGAAAUCAUCCAAGCGAGUACGCGGGUGAAUUAUGGCCAGAAUCUGGCGUUAAUCCAUGGACUCGAAUCCAUGGUCUGUAUGGCAACAGACGGCGCAGUAUCUGUCCGUGGUGGUAACUGGAGGAUAUUCGAUGGAGUUUUGAAGGCUGCCAAUACUGAGGUCCGAUUAAAUACGACAGUCACCGAGAUUAUCAGGAGCAAGGAAGGCACUGUGCGGAUUAUCACCCAGUCGACUUCUGAUCUCGACUCGGAGAUGUCAGAUGAAUCUGAAUUUGAUGAAGUUAUAAUUGCCGGACCGCUGCAAUACUCCGGCAUCUCAAUCUCUCCACCCCUGGAGCACGUACCAGAUGAUAUCCCGUAUGCCAAACUUUACGUCACGCUUCUUGCAUCACCUCACCGAAUUUCUUCCCGAUUCUUUGGCCUUGACAAUAAGAGCUCCGGGCCCCCAGAGACCAUUCUUACAACACUUCCCGAAGGAUCUAAACUUGGGGCGAAUCCGAAAGGCGUUGGUCCUACUGGAUUCUGGAGUGUCAGUACACUCCAACAGAUACCUCGAAUUACCACGAGCAAUGGCCAAGAGCAGCGAGAGGAUCACUACGUUUAUAAAAUAUUCUCCCCAGAGCGACCCACUGCCGACUUCAUUGCAGACCUAUUCGAUAUCGAAUAUUCCCGCAAUACUUUUGGCUCAGAAAAUACAUCCACUGAUAAUUCGACUAUCGGGGAUCUCCCCAAAAGUGAGAUCAGCUGGUUCCACGAGAAAGUAUGGCAUCCGUACCCUCUCAUGUAUCCUCGUGUGACGUUCGAAGAGGUUCUCUUGGCGCCUAGUGUUUGGUACACUAGUGGAAUUGAGAGCUUCAUCUCGACAAUGGAGACGAGUGCCCUGAUGGGUAGAAAUGUGGCCGCGCUCAUGGUUCAGUCGUGGCAGAGGGAGAAGGAUACGAGAGACAAUCGAGGCUCUUCAUCUGCAAGGACCGAGCUGUAA